AUGCCAGAUACAAUAAUAGAAAGUGUCCUUACCGGAAAAUUAGAUGCUACCUUACUAAUAAAGUGGCUCAACAACGAAUCUUUAGAGGAUACACCUGAAGACUGUAUAUUGCAUUGCUGUAAUAGGAAUGAGUUUGUGACCUGUUUUUUGUCGUUUCUACGCACUCAGACCGACAGUAUACUACAAACCAAUAGCAAUGCCGUCCAAAUCCUCCAGCACAGUACUCCUGAGAAACUUCUCAGCAAUCGUCGGCAGCACCACAGAUCAGUCUCCGACCCAACAAGCGAAGACCACCACACCACCAUGGACACUCUUUCUGUCAAGACAGAUCGUCAGCGUUCACACGAAUCACCAAGUAAAGACCGUAAAAGGACCGGUAGAAGAGUCAAAACAAAGCUCUUUGCUGAAGAGAAAUUAAACCAAUCAAUAUCCUCAGAUGAAUCAAGAAUUAGCCUUAAUGUAGACAGGAUGGCAGUGUCCAGUACACCUUUAAAAAAUGGUUUAAAAGCAUCUGAAUAUCCAAAUUUACCUUUAAGUAGUCCAGUUACUCCAAAAAGUUUUGUUAAAGAGCACCAUGAAAGAUGUGAUACACCAAGAUUAAGUCAUAGACUCUCCAGGACUCAGGAGAAGAACUGUCUCGGUGACUAUAUGGUUAAUGUUCAGAAGAGCUCCAAAAAGAAAAGAGAUAAAAGAAUUUCGUCAGACAAUGAUGACAGCAAAUUGGAAUUAGAUUUAUCAAAUUCGGAUAUGUUUCCUGAGAUUGGUGCAAGAAAAUCCAGUUCUUUGCGGUCAGAGAAACGAAGAAUUAAACCAACAAAUAUUGAUAAAUCUCAGAAAAGUUUAUCAUUGAACAGUUUUAGUGCUGAAUCAAUACACACAUCACCUUUACUUUUAGAAGAGAAUUCAGCGUUUAAACAACAAAAGAUUCAAUUGAAGGAAUCAAGUAGCUUUGAAGUUGAAAGAAACAUUUUAAAACAAGAGAGGCACAAGUUAAUGGAAAAAUUCAACAUUUUAAAUACAUCUUUACCUCAAAAGCCUUUAAUGUCGCCUCAAAUUAAAAUAGCCCAAAAGAAUUCAAUGGAGAAGAAUCAGAGUUUUAUAAAAAGCGAUACCUCUAAAGUCGUUUUUAAGGAGAAAAUUGAUUUACUAGUUGAUAUUUAUGAAAUUUUAUUAAAGAAUAACUUAAUAAUGAGUGUUAAUACGGAAAUUUAUUUCUUGAUAUCCAUUUUAAUAUCCAAGCAGUAUGAAAGUGAUUAUAUAGCAGUGGAAAGUAAACUAAACGAGGGUGAAAUGGGAUUUUUAUUGAAGACUAUACACAAUAGCACAUAUUUUGCUGUCAAAUCACUAUGGCAUCAAAGGAUGAUUCUAGAAGUUACCCUGGAUAAGACUUCUUUAAAAACUUUAGGGGAAAACAAGAAAGUCCGUUCCUUCUAUCCAGCACUGGCCAAGUUCCUUCUAAACUGUUAUGGCCUUAGAUGUGAAGCGGAAAACACCCAAGACAGAUCUAGACCUGCGGAGCAUCAACAAUCAAAUGGAGUCAUAUGUUUCAACCUGGAGACAGAUAAUGCGGAGAAUUUCCCAUCAAUGCUCAGCUUUCAAAAUUUUAAAAAGCAAAGGGAUAUGUUUUAUGAGAUUCAAAGAUGGUACGUGGACACGUGUCGCUCGGGCGGGUCCGUGUCGUCGCUGCGCGCGCGAGCCAAGGCGCUGGUGGCCGGUGGCGCCGCGCCCGCCAACCACGCGCACCUCGCCGCGCUGCUCGUGCAACACAUGCUGCAACACUGCCUGCCCACCUCACAGCAAGAAUCGAAGCUAAGUAAGCUGCAACGCCGUUUAACCUGCCCCACCGCAUCAGAAUCCCAUCGACUGCCACACUUCACUGCCAACGAAAUAUUUUACAAAGAAUUCAUAAUCAAUGCUGAAUCAGAUUCGUUCAGAUCACACCUCCGGGACACGUUGGCUUCAGAAGUAACAGCACUGGAUGCUGCACCCAUGGCACCGGAGGACAGAGGGAAUUCCAAUAUAGACAUCACAAAGGAAUAUCUUCUCCUAUCCAAGAAGCUGGCUCUCCUGUCAAAGUUUCUUGGGUUCCUGACGUCACUACCAUACUCCCAGGUCAUAGAGCACAGCACUAAUAAGCGAACCAUCACCAAAACUAUACAAAGUGACAUGAGUUAUGCAGCCCCGAAGGAGAAGGUUCAUGAAAAUGAUCUGGCUUUGAGGAAUUAUAGUCAACCCAGCAUAGAUUUACAAGGAAUGUUAAAGAAUGCCAUUGAAAAUGGCCGCCUCUCAAUCACCGUGCCGUGGAUAGCCCACUAUUUGUCAAUGUUAGAUUACACCACACUACGAAUCAAAUAUUACCAAAAUCUACUAAAAGUCAUAUUCGAUAUAUACACAAAUCGACUAAAAAUUACCGAUUCAUACUUUAAAAAAAACACAGUAAUUUAUUUAAAAUCAAUAUUAGGCUGGCUUUUCGAUUUACCGCAUUUUCCUCAAGAACUAUUUUAUGAAAAUCGACUAAGCAAUAAUGUUGUGAUAGAUAUGAGUAUUGAUAGUUGUGAUUUAGUCGAUGAAUCGAUUAUAAUCGAGUUGUGUCCGCAUUUGAAGGACUUGAAUGUGUUGUUGUCUACAUGUAGAGUAUCCCAAGAGCAGAAAGAGAUGGGUAGCUACAGGCAUAUCACGCCGGUUAGCUUGACUUUAAACAACGAAGAUCGGAUCAAGAAUAAAGAGAAAGAAUUACAGGCACGCCUGGAAGAAGAGUUCCUGAAGAGUCAGCCGUCGUCCACCCGGCGAGUGUUGGAGCUGGUGAUAGAGCGCGUGACUUCGGCCGUGGUGCGGGAGCUCAGCGCCAGGGCCCUUGUGGCGGCCCGAGACAGUGCUCGGGAACACGCCCUCAACAGGACCAAGGGACACUCCGGAGAUCAGACGGCGCUGCUGGUGUCGCUGCAGCAGCUGUACCGCGACCAGCUCCAGCAGCUCCGCGGCGUGGCGCUGGCCACCGCUCGCGCCAACAUACAGAGUCGAGCGGAGAACGCAGUGUCGUCCCUGCUGGCGUCAGCGCCGCUCCCCCUCGUGUCGCUGGUGGUGAAAGCCUCCAUGAGCCGCCUCACCAAGUGGAUCAAUGACAAUUGGAACAGCACCGCCGUUCUGUGCAAAGACAUAGAGUCUGAAAUGAAAACGUUCCUCGCUCUCGGCCCAUUGGCCACGUGCACCGCGCACAAGGCCGCGUGUGACGUCACCGCGAUGACGUCACUCGCCCAAGUGUUCGAAACCAACAACGUCAGUCCUGCCAUUUGCAUGGUUAAUUUAAAGGAGAAAACAUGUCUCCUGCUGGACGGCGAAGACCCUGGAGACCUGACGUCCACGAUAUCUAUGUGUGUGCUGGCCUGCUCCCCCAUCAACAUCUUCAACCGCGCCCCCACGCAGAGGGCGCUGCUGCAGCUCUCUGUGGACUUGUGUGUUGUGUACGUAUCACGCAAACCAUUAGAGGUAACAGACGCCUUCCUCUCUUUACUCCACACACUGUGGAACGUGUGCUGUCCAGAUCGCAAGCGUUCUCCCUCUCAAGACCUCUUCCUCCCGGAGCGGAGGGAUAUAUCACCGGACUACAGGAACUUUGACAGCGAUGAUAGAGCUGUCACACCUGUCAGUGAUGAGGAACAGGAGCCAUCGAAGGUCUUAAAGCUUCAAGACUUGAAAAUUAUGAAUAAAUCACCAAGAUCACCGAAGGCACCCUUAUCACCGAAUACGCAACAUUUCUUUGGACCAGCGCCGAGAUCGCCAAAUUCUCUAUCUCAAGGCCCCAGGUCACCGAACACCGUCAACCAGAGGUCAAGGUCACCAAGCAUGUUCAAUCAGAGGCCAAGCUCACCGGUCCCUUAUCAAUCACCGAGAUCACCGGUCUCUUGUCACCCACCAAGGUCACCGGUCUCUUGUCACCCACCAAGGUCACCGAUCUCUUGUCAGCCACCAAGGUCACCGAUCUCUUAUCAGCCACCAAGGUCACCGAUUUCUUGUCAGCCACCAAGGUCACCGGUCUCUUGUCAGCCACCAAGGUCACCGAUAUCUUUUCAGCCGCCAAGGUCACCGAACUCUUAUCAUCCCCCAAGGUCACCGAAAUUUUUUAAUCAGAGUACUCCAUACUCCAAGGUCUCCAAACCAGCUAACCAACCAACUAUAGAGACCGACGACAACAUAUGCUUGGAGUUCUUCGACCGAAUCCUAUGCCCUCGCAACAUCAUGCUCCUCAGCAGUUCCAAGACACCAGGAGUGUGGGAAGCCAUGGCCACGGUGCUGGUCUUCCUUCUCCAGAACGACUAUUUGAGCGAGGAUUCGUUAACGGAACAGUGUCUGGCAGUGUAUAGACAAGAUUGGGCUCAGAACGUUCUAGAAAGCCUUUCGACAUGUAUGAAGACAGUAUCUGCACGCUGGUCAAGAUCUUCGACAGGGAAAUUCACUUUAUUCUUAGAUUUCCUGGCGGAGUACUGCGGCAACAUGGAUUAUGAACCUAUAGACUAA